CAAGAUCGCUUCUGCCGACGGAAUAUUUAGGCCUACUUUUUGAAGCGUCAAUUGGUUUUAUUAAGAAUGAUUCGAUCACCUGCGAAUAAACAAGAUAUUACCUAUGGAUCCGCUCCUGACCUGAGUGAAGUCAAGGAGGACGAUAGUCCGGAUAACAUAAACAAUAUUUUUCGGUCAAAUAAAAGACGUCGUUGCGAAUGCAGUGGCUCAGAAGAAUCAACACUGGACUCUUUUAUAAAGUCCCUUACGAUAUGGAAAAAAGAUACGGAUACAAUGCUUUCUAAUAUUCAGGAGUCUAUGAAUGUCAUUAAAAAACAAAAUGAUGAAUUAUUAACUUCUAACUCAGAGAUCGAAAAAUCAAUCGAAUUUUUAUCAAUAAAAUACGACGAGAUUCACAACCAACUAAUGUGUUUCCAAACAAAAACCAAAGAGAACGAGGAACGUUUUUUGCGUAUGGAAGAAAAGACGGAAGAACUUGAGAGGAACUCCCGCUCCAGCACUUUGGAGAUACGUAAUAUACCUAUACCAAAGAAUCCGUCUCAAGCUGACCUCGUGCAGAUAGUGACACCUAUCUUUAAAACAAUUUGUGUGGAGGUUACACACUCGGACAUAUUUGAUAUACGUCACUUUUCUUCAAAAUCAGAAAAUAAAACCGUUUUAGUGACAUUGAAUUCUGUAAUACUGAAAAACAGUAUUAUUAGGUCUUACAGGGAAUACAAUAAAACUAACCCCACUAACAGACUAAAUACCUCAGUCAUUGGAUCGGAAGUACCUCACCAACAGAUUUUCAUAGCUGAAAAUUUAACCCCUCGUGCACGACGUUUGUUUCACCGGGCUCGUGAAUUUGCGAAACAAGAAAACUAUAAAUAUUGCUGGACCGCACACGGGAAAAUUCUUUUACGUAAGCAGGAUAAUGAUAGAUUCAUUGUUUUAUCGUCAGAAUCUCAGUUUAAUGAGCUCCAGUCAAAAAACUAAUUUAUACAUUAGUUAUAAGUUAUGUCACUUUAAAC